AAAAGAAGAGGGAGUCACGUCGGUUCUCUGUAACUACUAGAGCUGGCUCAGAAAAAGUUUUACUUUGCGGUACAGGAGCGCCGCCUAGGAGAGGCCGCACCUAUUGCACGUAAGAAGCGGUAAAAAUGUACUCAGCCAUCUUCCUGGGCAGCUGGAGACAAAGAAAACUCGGCUUCGAGGUUCUUUCUGGUAAAGGUAAUGACAUGCCCAUCUUUGACAGCAUUCCAAGAGUGAGUCUGGUUUCUGGAAAUCUAUGCUGACUCCAUGGCAGCUAGGAUGGAUGUGACCUUCCUUGCCUGUGGUUAGAAAACAAAGAGGUUACUGAAGGUCUCAUCUCUUUUUGCAAGAAGAGCAGAAGAUGAUUGAGUACCAGACACCUGUGUCAUUCAAAGAUGUGGUUGUGGGCUUCACCCAAGAGGAGUGGCACCGGCUGAAUCCUGCUCAGAGGGCCCUGUACCGGGAUGUGAUGCUGGAGACCUACAGCAACCUCGUCUCAGUGGGUUAUGAAGGGGCCAAACCAGAUGUGAUCCUCAGGCUGGAGCAGGAAGAAGCUCCAUGGAUUUGUGAGGUAGCAUGCCCAGGCUGCCACUGUUGGGAGGAUAUCUGCCAAGUUAGUGUCCAGAGGAAAAGACGGCAAGACAUGCUUUUGAGGCAAGGUGCAUUCCUCAGCAAGAAAACAUUGCCCAAGCAAAAAAGCCGUGAAUGUAUUAAGUUUGGGAAAAUAUCACUUCUGAGCACUGAUCUUUUCUCUUCAAUUCAAAGCCACAAUAACUGGGACCCUUGUGGAAUAAGUUUAAACCAUAAUUUAGACUUGAUUGGUUUUAAGAGAAACUGUGCAAAAAAGCAAGAUGAGCGUUAUGGAUAUGGGAAAUUGUUACAGUAUAUAAAUCACGAUAGAAGACCUAAUGGAGAAAAAUCCUGGGAAUGCAGUCACUGUGAGGAGGCUUUCAGCCAUAACCCAGCACUUACAUGUAAACCAGCAGUAAUCAAUUCUCUUGUAUAUAAACGGAAGAGGGUUCCACCUACAGAAAAACCUCAUGUCUGCAGCGAGUGUGGGAAAGCCUUCUGCUACAAGUCUGAAUUCAUUAGGCAUCAGAGAAGUCACACUGGGGAGAAGCCUUAUGGAUGCACUGACUGUGGGAAAGCCUUUUCACAUAAGUCAACCCUCAUUAAACACCAGAGAAUUCACACUGGGGUAAGACCCUUUGAAUGUUUUUUUUGUGGAAAAGCCUUCACCCAGAAGUCACAUCGCACAGAACAUCAGAGAACGCAUACAGGAGAGAGACCCUUUGUGUGCAGUGAAUGUGGGAAGUCAUUUGGUGAGAAGUCAUACCUCAAUGUACAUCGAAAAAUGCACACAGGAGAAAGACCCUAUCGUUGCAGAGAAUGUGGAAAAUCUUUCAGCCAGAAGUCAUGCCUCAAUAAACACUGGAGAACUCAUACAGGAGAAAAACCUUACAGAUGCAAUGAGUGUGGCAAAGCUUUCUACCAGAAACCAAACCUCAGUAGACAUCAGAAAAUUCAUGCUAGGAAAAAUGCCUACAGGAAUGAAAACCUAAUAAUUGUGGGAAAGCCAUGAGCAAGAUGUCCAGUUUCAUUGUACAAAAGGGAAUUCAUCCUUAGAAGAAAUCUUAUUGAUUUAAUGAAUUUGGACAAAGUGUUUUAUCUUAACAGAAGUCAUGCUCCAAUUGUGAUACAAACUUUUAUAGAAAAAACUUGCAGAAAAUACUUUAUAAAACAUAAACAUGGUCUGGCAUAUAAAAGUUUAAAAAUAUUUUAAAUAGAAUGACAACAGAAUACAAAAUACAUAUGAAGAUACUUAAAAGUAUACUAUAGUAUGUUCCACAGUGAGCCACACAAUCAGCACUAUUUGUAUUUUGGAGUGGUAAAUGGGAAUGUAUCAUAC